GUGCAACUCAGCAUAUCAGUGAUUCCCUUUUGGUAAAUAUAAAAUACAUGCAUGGCGGCAACGGUGAUCUCAGUUAUCAACUCUGAUUAUUGUGUUGCUAAUUCUAUCAAACUAAAUAUUGAUAUGGAUAAGGGAGUCGCAUACAUCAACGAUGAAGUCAUUUUUCGUGUUAAAGAACCUUCUAUCUCACUUCGCGAUCGCCGUGCUGUUUGUGAUGUUUCUGGGAACCCCAUUUUCACUCUGCAGAAAAAGCUAAUAACGUUGCAUGGGCGAUGGGAAGUUUUCAAGGGAGCUAGUACAGAUUCCGGUGAUUUGGUCCUUUCAGCAAAGAGAUCGUCGAUAUUAGUUCCACACAAGAAGAAUAUUGAUCUUGAUGUCUUUCUUGCUAAGAAUACCGAAGAAAUUGUUUGGGACUUUAAGGUUUCUGCUGGAGCUAACAAAAAAACUGCCGAUAUUUCUGCUCGUGGAUCUUCUACCAUUCUUGCAAAGAUGAAAAAUAAUCGUGGCAUGUUUGAAGUAGAGGUUCAACCGAAUGUGGACUAUGGCUUCAUCAUGGCACUGCUAAUGAUGGUUGACGAGAUAGAUCAUUUAAAGUCUGGUCAUAAUAAUCAUAAUACAACUGAGGUUGCAGCGGAGGCUUUCGGAGAAGCGUCGGCUCUAAUUGCCAUUGAUGCGGCUGUGACCACGGAUGGCGAUGACGUAACUGCAGAUCAGCCAUAA